AUGCUCACGGCUGUCUGCGGGUCUCUUGCCAAUCAGCACUCGGACACGCCGCGCGCCUCCUCCCCGCGCUUGGACCUGCAGCCCUACCAGCCCCACGCCAACUCCGAGGCGGGCGGCGACUUCCCCUCCCCUCUCCAGCCCACAGAGCUCCAGCACCUGCCCUUGGCAGGCCCCGGGGUGGAGUUCGCGGCUGCCCCUGGCUAUGAUCUGCAUGGCUCUUCGAGGCUAGACCUGGAUGGUGACAGCCUGCUGGCCCCCGGCACAUACUCCAAGCUCCUGCAGCCGCCUCCCGAAAUGGCGCACCCCUAUGAGCCCUGGUUCAGGCCCUCGCACCCCAACAACGCCGCCGAGGAUGGCGGCGUGAAUCCCUGGUGGGACCUCCAUGCCGGAUCCAGCUGGAUGGAGCUGCAGCCGGCUCAGGGCAGCCUGCAAGCCCCUGGCCCCGUGGGUGGACUCCAGCCUGUGCUGGGGGGUUACAGCUCCGCUGAGCACCAGCUCUGUGGCCCGCCGCAUCACCUCCUGCCCUCGGCCCAGCACCUGAUGGGCCAGGAAGGGCUGAAGCCACUCGACUUGCCUCCAGAGCCGCAGGUUCUCGAGCAGGCUGUGGAUGGUACUGCUAGGCCAAAGAGCUCGAGGCGAUCAGUGCCCCGGAGUGCCGGGCAGGCAGUGUGCAACUGCCCAAACUGCCAGGAGGCUGAGAGGGUGGGUCCAUGCCCGGACGGGGCCAAGAAGAAGCAUCUGCACAACUGCCACAUCCCCGGCUGUGGCAAGGCCUACGCCAAGACGUCCCACCUGAAAGCCCAUCUCCGGUGGCACAGCGGGGACCGGCCCUUCGUCUGCAACUGGCUCUUCUGCGGCAAGCGCUUCACCCGCUCCGACGAGCUGCAGCGGCACCUCCAGACCCACACGGGGACCAAGAAGUUCACCUGCCCCGUGUGCAGCCGGGUCUUCAUGAGGAGCGACCACCUCAGCAAGCACAUGAAGACGCACGAGGGCGCCAAAGAGGGAGCGGAGGGGGAGGGCAAGAGCGGGGCAGACCCUCCGGGGAAAGGCAAGAGGGAGCCCGAGGCUGGCAGCUCCAGCCCUGCGACCCAGCCCAACUGA